AUGCCUCUUAGAGAAUUCAAAAUCGUCGUUUUAGGUUCAGGUGGUGUAGGUAAAUCUGCUUUGACUGUGCAAUUUGUUCAAGGUAUUUUUGUUGAAAAGUACGAUCCAACCAUCGAAGAUUCCUACAGAAAACAAGUCGAAGUUGAUAGCAAUCAAUGCAUGUUAGAAAUUUUAGAUACAGCUGGUACUGAACAAUUUACUGCAAUGAGAGAUCUUUACAUGAAAAAUGGUCAAGGUUUUGUUUUAGUAUAUUCAAUCAUUUCAAACUCCACUUUUAACGAGUUACCAGAUCUCCGUGAACAAAUUCUCAGAGUUAAGGAUUGUGAAGAUGUUCCAAUGGUUCUUGUUGGUAACAAAUGCGAUCUCCACGACCAACGUGUUAUUAGCACAGAACAAGGUGAAGAACUCGCUCGUAAAUUUGGUGAUUGUUACUUUUUAGAAGCAUCUGCCAAGAAUAAAGUUAAUGUUGAACAAAUUUUCUAUAACUUAAUCCGUCAAAUCAACCGUAAAAACCCAGUUGGUCCACCAAGCAAAGCUAAAUCAAAAUGUGCUUUAUUGUAA